CCUGUUCAUUGCUUUUUUAUUUUUUUUAUUUCCUAGUUCUUUGUUGAUACUACUAUUACACCAUUUAGUAAUACUUUACGAAAACGAAUCACGCUGGAUUUUCUUAAAAUUAAUGUUAACACUCGCCAUUUUAUUAAAUUUUUCAUUCUUUCAAUAUGCAAAGUCUUUUCCACCAUUUUCAUCAUCAUUUUAAUAGUGUGCAGCAGAGAAUCGUUGUAAAAGGAUUAUUAGAUAUACCGGCGACGUCAUUGUACAAAAUUAUUUUUGAAUAAGGUAAAGGAUUACGAAAACACAUCGGCGCAAAAUGAGCUGUCAAUUAAUGUUAAAAAUCGCAAAAAAAUUUCAACUAAUAGAUAUUAUUGGAUUGUGUGAAAGAGGAUAUGUGUAAGAAAGGAGUGAAUUCUGAUAUGACGGCUGAUAGAGAUAAGGGCAGGUUGAUAAUGACUAGUACAAGCCGUAAUUGUCAUGAGAAUUACAUUUGGUCAUUACCAACGAGACACACCAUAUUAUCAAGAACUACCGAGAUUUAUGUCAUAGAUUUUUAAGACAUCUUAUUGAAUAAUAUUCUGUAUAUCAGAAUGGCACCAGUAGAACUUCAGGGGAAUAAUCUUGGCGAGAAACAUAAAUAUUACAAUGAGUUACUGAUAACUGCUAUUAAGAAUUCACCAAUAAUUUUGUCACCUAUUGACUUCAAUGAUUCUGAUGUAAAUAACAUGCUUAAAAUUGAUAUAGCAUGUAGCAGGAAAGAUUUAAACUAUGUAUUAGAUGUUUUGAAGUGUGAAGAUAUGUUAUAUGUGUCUAAAGUAAUUAAAAAGAUUAAUUGGUUAAUUAACAAUGAGGAAUAUGCACAUAUAAUUAAUCCACAAUAUUUGGAUACCCAAUUAUUUCCUGAAAUGACUGCAACGGCUAAAAAGAAGCUUCUUUUGUAUAUACGAUUAAAUUUGAGAAAUGAAACUCGUGUUGAAGAAUUUUUUAACCAUUAUAAGAAUAUUAAUUUAAAAGAAUCUCUUAAAUGGCUACCAAACUGUUCAUCAAUAUUCAUAGAAAAUGCUGUAAAAACUUAUAAAGCAGAUAUCAGUGUUGAUAUAAUGAAACGUCUCUGUGAAAAAUCAAUAAAAUUUCUUAUUCUUUAUUUGAAUAGCACAAAUCGUAAGAAUUGUAACAAUCAAAGAAUAAUGAAAGAAACUAUUUUUCUAAUGAAUAAUCAUUUAGAAAAAUAUUUAGAUAUACUGGAGUCAUUGGAAGAUUUUGAAUAUCCUAUGUUUAGUCCUAAAUAUACUAAAAUGCUAAUGAAAAAUGCACCUCGAAGGGUUUUAAAUGGAUUUGAAAAAUAUGCAAAAAAAAUUCAUCUACAGACCCUCGUUAAAUUUAUGAAUUCAGAUGAUAUCAGUAACAUAUUAUUACAAGAUUGUAAAAAUAGUGAUUUGCAGUAUUGGUUUACUGAGAAUGUUUUGGAUGAAUUUCUUGGGGCUAUGCCAAUAGAAGAGAGUACACAAUUUGUAAUAAGAAAUGUUUUUGAUAAAAUAAAUGAGGAGGAACAUAAUUUCAUGUUACAUGCAAUCCCUAGAGAUAGUUAUCGUUGGUAUAAAUAUGUAGAAUUUAAAACGGCUUUUAAGGAAAUUGUGAAAUUAAUUAAAACAGAAUCGUCACCAUGUGAACGGAUGAUGAUGAUGGAAAUUUUACUCUACUCCGCUAAAAAUAACAUGCAACACAUUGAAGAAUUACUACAAUAUUAUCGCGUAAACCACAACAAUGAAACUACAUUGUAUAAAAAAAAAAUUAUAAUGACUAUUGUAAGAGAAAUUGAUACUUUUAGACUUAAUGAUGAAGCUUGGGAUAAUUUAAAUGUACUUUUCUUAAGUAUUGCAGAUACGGAAUUAAAAACACAGGAACAAAGCAUUAUCAAAGUGGAGAUUAUUCGUAAAAUUAUUAAUAACGAGAGUGUACCAGAGAUUUUAGAGAAAAAAUUUAACUUUGAAACUAUGAAAGUAUAUCAAAAGAAGUUGAACAAAAUGGAAUGUGAUUUGACUUUUAAUUAUUUAUAUAGCUAUGCAAUGAAGCAAGUAAACCAACAAAGUAUAACAAAUGAAAUAGAAUUUCAGAAAGCGGUUAUAUUGCUUAAUAAUGUUUUAUUACUAUUAUCUGAUUGGAAAAAAGAUCUUGCCAACUAUCCAGAAGUAGUAAAGUCAAUUACUAAAUUGAAAGAUCUUAAGAAAACUCAAUUUAAAGAUAUUAAUCUAUCACGUCUUUACAAUGCAAAUAAAUCCUGGAAGAAAUGUUUAUUCUCCAUGUCCUUGGAUUUAUCAUUAACACAGGAAGUAUGCAUUAACGCUUUGAAACAUGAUUCAAAAUUGCUAGAUUCAAAUUAUGUCAUGGACUUGCUUGCUCGUAGCGAUUUUACAAAUUUACAAAAACUUCUUAACAAGAUUCGUAUUUAUUGGCCUACAUCAUUAUCAAAUGAAGCGAUUACCUUUUGUCUUGACAACCUUAAUAAUAGAGGCGAUAAGGCUUUAAUUAAAAAUUUAAUGUAUCUAUUGCCUGUUAAUAAUUUAAAAGAAAUAGUCGUGAAAUAUAUUCCAAAUGAAAACAAGAUCGAUUGGCAUGAAGAUGAAUUAUUAUUGAAUAUAAGAAAGAACAUUGCUAAAUACGUCCACAUUGCUAGGCCACAGCCUCCUAUUGAGUUUAUAUUAUGGUAUGCCAAAGGUGAUUAUUUGCAGUUUGCUGUAUCUUCACUAAACCUAAUAUUAUAUAACAUGAAAGAAACAAAGAUAAGGACAUGUAUACAACAACUCAUAGAUGCGCCUGUUUCAUUAAAAAAACACGUCAUUCGAAUAGCCAUAAAUAAACUGAAAUAUGAAGAGAUCAUAAAAUUAUUCCGUAGCGCUUGGGAAAAUACCAAAAAUAAGUCAAUCAGAGCAGAUCUCUUUAAAACUACCUUCCAAUUAUUAUGUAAGCAGACAGACGGUCCUUCUAUUGAAGCUGUAUGGGCAUUAUUGGGUUUUUUCAUUGAAUCUUUAACCGAUACAGAAAAUACUGAUAUUUACAAUACAUUAACAAAGGCAAAUAAAGUACCGCUUAGUGUAAAAGCGGAAUAUUGGAAGCGAAGUGUUCUAUUUUUUAAACAUCUACCCUCAAGUUCCAAUCAGAGAUCCUAUCUUCAAAAAGUUCUUUAUUCUGCAAAAUUCUUCGCAGAGAUUGUCGAUACGGAAACUUUAGCAGAUAUAAUAUUAGAAAAUCUUAAAUGUGAUAUAUUAUCAAUGGGAUUUGACACAGAUUUUAUUCCUACUUGUAUUUUAUCUACCAAUACUAUGAAAGAAUGUAUACAAAGAUACGACAAGAUUUUCUUGCCAAUGAUGGAAACGUGUGUUACUUAUUGGGAUAUUAAGAAGUAUAACAACUAUAUUUAUAGAGAGGUAUUUGGACGUACGCUGUCUUCUUUAUGCUAUAAUAUCCAACAUGUUGUGCUAGCAAAACAAAUGAUAAUACCAAAUGUUGUUUUUAACAAAAUACUUAAAUAUAUAGAACAAUAUUUACCAGACGAAGAGAAUUACGUAUUAUUAAGGACAUGGAAAUUUUCAUAUAAACUUAUUGAAAUUAUUAACUUAAAGUCAAAUGCGUGGAAUGAAAUGGAUCGUGAAAAUUUAAGUGAUUAUUAUAAUACCGUAAUAUCGAUGGCUUUGCCUCAAUUAGGUGAUGAAAUACAGAAAUGUUUGAGCGAAGAUAUAAAAAAAUAUUGUCCGUCUAUUUACAUAUGUAUGGUUAACGCUAUUAAUUUGAUUUGUACAUAUUUUCGUAUAUCCGACUGCCUUUCUGCUUGCCGACUUUUGCUAAAAUCAAUUUUAUGUCCUGACCUAAAGGAAAGUUAUUUGUUAGUUUUGGAGUUGAUACCGAGAUUGCAUUUUUAUAAUUACGAAUCAACACGUGAUAUAAUGGACAUUAUAAGUUCACAUCCAUCGCAGGAAGUGAAGUUGCAUUACUAUAGUCGGGAAAGUGUAAGAAUGUGUAAUUAACUAGCUGUCGCUCGCGUCUCCGCCCGCGCGGUAUUUAAAAAAACAUAAUUGGUAGCAAUGAUCCAUA